AUGUCUGAUGCACGGAUCAGACGCUAUAAACAAGUAAAACGAGCAGGAAAACAAUUUCGUCGUCGAAGAUUUUGGGUCCGACCAGGACGUACAAGCGCUUGGUGGGACAAUUUUGUCAGGCAAACUGUGAUAGAAGAAGAAUGGCGUGAAAAUUUUCGCAUGAGUCGACGUUCUCUCCACGAAUUAGCUGACGAACUUAGACCAUACAUAGAAGGCAAGACAACAAUAAUGCGGUCCCCAGUAGAUGUGGUUAAGCAGGUAGCGGUCACACUCUAUUACUUAAGUGACGAGGGACGUAUGCGAAAAACAGCGAAUGCCUUUGGAUUAUCGCGUCAAGUUGUAUCCAAAAUAAUUCGUAAAGUGUGUAAAGCUAUCACGAUUCGACUUGGACCUGAAUAUAUUAAACUGCCAUUCACAAAAGAAGAUGUUGAGAGGCAUAUCAGGAACUUCCACAGAUUGCACGGCUUUCCUCAAUGUUUGGGCGCAAUUGACGGUACGCAUAUCGAAAUUAGGCAACCAGCAUGUAAUUCCACAGAUUUCAUAAAUAGAAAAGGACGGUAUACAUUAAAUGUUCAAGCUGCAUGUGACUAA